AUGACAGAUCAUGACGGCGGCGGCGAGCCGCGGCCCGACCCGCUCCCCGAGGGCAUUCGCCGGGAGGAGGAGCCCAACUCACGCGCCGGCCCCAACUCGGCCAAACGCAAGCCGGUCCUGGUCGCCAAGACCAGCUCGUUGGGCGCGCAACGCCCCCAACCACCUGCUGCGCAGGUCAUGCCGACCGAUGAGGCGGAUGUGCAGGUAGGCGGAGACGUUUUGUACGAUGAAUAAUUUUUGUGGGGUUUUUGAGACUUUUUUGAUUUUUUGGGGAGAAAUUGAGGAAAAAAUUGAUUUUUUUGACAAAUUUUUGGGAUUUUUUAGAGUCGCCGAUAUUUUCUAGGAAACAGGGACAUUUUAUACGAUGAAUUUUUUGUGGAGGAUUUUGAGAUUUUUCGGGAAGAAAUUGCGAAAAAAAUAGAUUUUUUGACAGAUUUUUAGGCAUUUUUUUUUGGGUUGGCAAUAAUUUCUACGAAAAGGGACAUUUUAUACGAUGAAAAUUUUUUGGAAAAAAUGUGUGUUUUUUGGUUUUUUACUGGAAAUUAUAAGAUUUUUUUGAUCAGGAACGAAUUUUAGACUAGGUGACAUUUUAUACGAUGGAAUCUUUAAGAAAUAUUUAUCAAGAUUUUUGAAAAAUACGAAAAAAAGUUUACCAAUAAUUUUGUUGAUUAAAGACACGUUUUCUGCAUUUUUCAGGUACCUCAAGUCCACAGAUUGAGCACAAUCUCGGCCAGAGUUGGGCAUCCUUCGGUCUCGGGCCUCUCUCAUCUUCCCCAUCAUCCGCUUAAUUCUACUGUUAUAGAUUGGAAUGCUGGUGUGAAUCAUGGUAAAAAUUUUAGUCCUUUUAAUGAUGACCAAUUUUAGAUUUUUUUCAUAUUGAAAACUUUUGAGAGAUUUUUUGAAAAAAAAUUUUUGGUCCCGGAAACGAAAGCUUAAAUGGUGUUAAAUUUAGGUUUGGAGGCCUCUAGAUUAAUAGGAAAUCUUCAAAAAUCCAAGUAAAUAGCAGUUAAUUUAGAAGCAAGACACUUUGAGCCAUUUAAAAAUUUUUUGGGUCCCACCACGAAAACCUAAUUUUCCAGCAAUCGGAUUGGAAGGCUCUAACGAGAAUAUAGGUUACUACGUUUUACUAAGUUUUAUUUUUUGACGACAUUUUGGCCCUUUUUAAACGUAUUUUUGGGUCCCACCACGAAAACUUGAUUUUCAUUUUUUUGGGUUUUAAAUUGUGAAAAGUGAUGUGAACGCCCUCUGAAGAGUAAUUCUCGCUUAAAUAAAUUUAUUUAAAUUAAAAAAAUGCGAUUAUUUCUUUAUUUUUUACAAAUUCUCCUUUCAGCCGGUUCCCGUCGAACUUCCGUGGUAUUUUCUCGUCGCCCAACCACCUCCAAUGUCCCAAUCUCCUCCAACGUCCCGCUCAGACCUUCGUCCGGCUCGUUGUUGGAGUUGGGCGAUCGGACGAGCAGCAAACUCACUCUGGACGAGGAGUUAUAUGACAUUUUGUUCGCUUUUGGGUGGGUUAAUUUGAUUUCGGGGAAAUAUAACUCAAUUCCGGCGUUAUUUUAA